CGCCAUUUUGUGAUGAUGAUAAGAAGAAUUGAGAUCUUUCAAAAUAUCAAAAUUGAAACCAAAUCUUUAUUUUGAUUUUCUCUAUCUAUAGAAUUUGCUAAAUUCUCUCUCAAUAUUCGAUUACCACAUAAAGCGACCAUAGAAUCAAAUACAAAACCAUUCCAAACCAAAAAAAUUACAGAAAAAUCCUAUAAACCCUGGUUUCAUUAUCUCUCAAUCAUCAUAUAAAUCUCAGUAAUCGUCAUCAUCAUCAUCAUCGCUUUCUCACUGUUUACAUAAAUUUCAGUACUGUCAGAAUCUCGAUCACUUCCCCUGUUUACCUGUGUGUAACAGAAAACAGAGUAUUUUCUUGUUGCUUAUUGUUUGUGAAUUGUGAUCAUCAUCAUCACCAUUGUCUCUUAGGUUGCAAACUUCAACCGUGUUCUUGAUUUUCUUCCAUGGAGAACGAGUUCAAGUAUCGUGCUAUUGACAAGAGGCCACAACCACAACCACCGCCGCUGCCACCGCCACAGCAAUCGGCGUAUCCUCAUUCUGCCGCCACCUACUUCUCUGAGGGGCCAUUGGGAGGGGAGGGUGGUUAUGCGAGGAUGGUUCCUCCGACGAUGAGUGUGAGAGAGGAGAUUGAGAGAGCGGUGGAGAAGGAGCGGAUACGGCGGGAGAUAAUCACGGAGGAGAUGGCGCGGGCUCGGCGGCGGGAGCUGGAGGAGGAGGUGAGGAGGGAGUUGGGGAUUCCAAUGCAGAGGAGUUUGGUGCCGCCGCCGCCGCCGCCGCAACAGAGGUUUUUGGUUGUUGAGAGAGUGAAACUUGCAAUAGAAGACAUGCCAGUGAUGCCACCACCACAACCUCGAAUUUUGGACCUUGCUGAAAUCGAAACUGCUAAACUUCCAGAUCAAUAUAGGGAGCGGGUGAAUCUGCGUCUGAACCCAAAAUUAAACCAGGUUGCCAUUGAGGAUAUGCCUCAACCUCGUUUUAUGGAUAUUACUGAAAUCAAACCAGCAAAUAACCAUGAUGAAGUGAUCCAGCUGGCUAAGCCAAACCCUGGUGUUUAUGAUGCAAAACGAAAAGCAGCGGAACCCGCUGUUAAUGAGACUCAAUUUGGUUUGAUGAAAAAGCCCAAGAAGGCGUGGAGAUGCGAGCUAUGUGGGGUCAGCACCACAGAUGAGAGGGGUUUGAACAUGCACCUUAGCGGUAAGAAGCACAAGGCCAAGGAAGCUCAGAGAGCUGAGAAGAUUGGUAAGAGCACAAGUUCAUCACUGUCACCAAUGAAAAGUAAUAUGAAUGUGAAGUCUAUAGAAACUGAAACUAUCAUUACCACAACUUCAGGGUUGGAUGCAAAACCAGAUAUCCAGACACAUCAUGCCUUGGUAGAGGGAGGCAUGACUCAGAACAAUGUUGAUGCAGUGGAAGGUGAAACUAUCAUUACCACAACUUCAGGGUUGGAUGCAAAACCAGAUAUCCAGACACAUCUCAUUACCGCAACUCUAGGGUUCGAUGCAAAACCAGAUAUCCAGACACAUCAUGCCUUGGUAGUGGGAGGCAUGACUCAGAACAAUGUUGAUGCAGUGGAAGGUGAAACUAUCAUUUCCACAACUUCAGGGUUGGAUGCAAAACCAGACAUCCAGACACAUCUCAUUACCGCAACUCUAGGGUUGGAUGCAAAACCAGAUAUCCAGACACAUCAUGCCUUGGUAGUUGGAGGCAUGACUCAGAACAAUGUUGAUGCAGUGGAAGGUGCAAAAGAGGAGCAAGCAGUUCAGAAAAGCCAGAGCAUGGGUGUUUCUGAGAUCAAAGAAGUAUCAACUAAGGAAGCUGGGAAAACAAACGCAUUUGUAGGGAGGAAGAGGAAGUUCUGGUGUGACAUUUGUGGAAUUAGUACUCUGUCUCAAGGUGUGAUGGAAAACCACAAAAGAGGGCGAAAACAUCGGAGAAGAAUGGAGAAUACGAUGAGUCAAAACAAUGGGUGUGCCCCUCACACAUCAUCUGCAGAUAACUUUUCAUGUUCUGAGAAAGUUCAUCUAGUUGCUGGUUCAAAAGAAGAUACAGUGGAUGAAGGACUAUGAGCACAUGCUAGGUGCUGCAAAUACUGGACUUUACAAAAUUACUUAAGAUUGUUAUCCAUUGUGAUUAUCAUGUAGUGUGUUGAUCCUUUACUUAUGUGACAUUUUUAAUCUGUUCUGGUAAGGGAUGAUAAGUAAGUGGCUUUAGUCUUUUCUUGUUUGAACUCAGCUAAAGCUACUUUUAUUUAGUUGCAGUGUUUGUCAAGUCAUGAUUUGUAGUAUAUUAUGAUGUUGUUUGGUCUUAUUUUGGAGGGAAAAACUUUGUUUUUUUCCCCUUUUGUUUACUUGUAACAUUUUCUCAAGUUCAAUCAAGCAAAACUG